GCUCAAGACACCUGUGGUAGGUCUUGUUACUGCUUCCAUCACUUGCAAGUGCUAAGUGAAAGGCCAGGGUGGAGUCAUUCACAUAUAAACACAAGAUUUUCCUUAUUGUCUAUAAAUAUCACUUCUGGCUUGUUUCACACACACACACACACACACACACACACACAUAUAUAUGUAUAUGGGUAUCAAAUCCAAAGAGACAAUUUAUUUUUAACUGGGAGGGAUUCCAAUGGAUUGUUCUGUAUGACGCCUGGGCUAUCCAAUCUAUCCAGUUUUUACAAAUUUUCACUUUAGCACUAACUCUAAACCUAUUUAAAAACAAUUACAUUACAACUUUGUUUUUGUGGAGUCCAAACAUGAUUUUAUUGCAUAUGAGACUAACGUUCCCUUUUUUGUAUGAGUGUUGAAUGUGUUUUAGUCACAGUGGCCUUCUAGUGCACAGCAGAUUCUGGAGUAACAGUGAUCUGUAAAAAGAGAUUGGUCCAAUGAAGUCUCUCUUUAUCGUUGCCAGGUUCUCAUCAGAAAAUAUUUUGGAAAUCCAGUGACCUUUUUUUGAUUCUAUAAGAGGUAUGAGAAUGCAGUAACAUCAUAUGUACAGCGGAAAGUUACAGUAUGCAGUAUAUUGAUCUUCUGAAGCAAUUCAGGCUUCUGCUAACUGAUUCCUGUGAUUGUCAGCCUGGAAAAUGGAGAACAUAAAUGCUAUUAAAUUAUGGGGAAUCACAAAGGCUGAAAUGGUGAAAUGUUGAAGGUAGGCCUAGACUAAUGUUAAAACAACAUAAAUAACUAACUAAAUAAAAUAAUAAAAUAAGGCCGUUACCUGCUGUUUAUGCCCUCACCUCCAACCAAACAAUCAUCUGGUUUAGCUCAAAGUCAGCAAAAAAAAAAAAGAUUAUUUUAAGGUGAGGUAAAUACCUACGACGACACUGCCAUCUUGUGGUAAGCUUGUCUUUUCACUCAAUUUUGAUUAAAAAGUUAACAAAAAGAAUUUAAGCUGCAAUUAAUAUUUGGGAAAUCUACAGUACCUAUCGAUUUAUUAUACUUUAAAAAAUGUAUAAUCACCACCAACAUUCGUUUAUCUUGUAACUAUCUUUGGGGAAGAAAAAAAAACAAGAAAACAGUGUCCUUCACUGGGGUAGAUGGCAAUGUAGAGCAACUAGUCGCUACAUUUACCAAAGAUGAAGAAGAUACAGGCUAUACAUGAUAUACAACCCAUAUUGCUAGUCUAAUGUCAUGACUUUAGAGUUGUUAGGUUAAUCAUUUUUAUAUAAAGAUCUAUUAAAUUGCGGCGUGUCCAGGCAGGAAAAUUCGGCGCGGGCUAAAUAAACCUCAUCGUCGUCUACUCAUGCAGUAAAAGCCAGCUCUACUAAAAAUGGCAAAAGGAAUGUAUUUAGAACAUUAUUUAGACAGUAUUGAGGGACUUCCCUUCGAGUUGCAGAGAAACUUUUCAUUGAUGGGCGAUUUGGAUAACAGGACUGAAGAGAAAAAAACUGAGAUUAGUGAACUAGCUGCAGAGUAUAUUGAAAAAGUAAGGAAUCUGGAGUCUGAAGAACGUGUCCAGCAUUUAAAGAAGAUCGAAAAUGCCUACAACAAAUGCAAAGAGUUCAGCGAUGACAAAGUUCAGCUUGCAAUGCAGAUAUAUGAAAUGGUGGAUAAACAUAUUUGUCGGUUGGAUGCUGAUCUAGCACGCUUUGAGAAUGACCUGAAGGAGAAACUUGAUCCAGGAAGCCAGGAUAGCUCAGAUGAAAAGCUAUCUCGAAAGGAUAAAAAUAUCAAAGAUAAGAGGGGAUCCCAUGGUAGAGACAAGAAAGAAUCGGAUCAAGAGUCACCCAAACUCAAAAGACAGAAAAACAGUCCCAGUGUAAGUGAAGCUCUCCUUUCAAUGCACCCAUCAGAUGUCCUAGAUAUGCCGGUGGACCCUAAUGAGCCCACAUACUGCUUGUGUAGUCAAGUUUCAUAUGGAGAAAUGAUUGGAUGUGACAAUGCGGAUUGUCCUAUUGAAUGGUUUCACUUUGCUUGUGUCGGCCUAACAACUAAACCAAAGGGAAAGUGGUACUGCCCACGAUGCAUCCAAGAUAUGAGAAAGAAAUAAAGUCUACUCCCAUAAUGCUUCCUAUAUCAAAAUUACAACCACUUUCUGGAAAUACAAAUGAUUCUGUGUAUCUUGUAUUUGGGGAAUCAAUAAUCAGUGCCUUUGCUAUGCAUAUAGUAGAUGACUGGGAAUGUCAUGACAAGGAAGAAUGUUAAAUGUAUUUUCUUUGGUGCCUGCAGAGAGCUUGGAUCUCUUUUCAUUGGAAUUCCAAAUAAAGUUUAUUUAUAAUGAUGCACACA